UGUCCGAUAAAUAUGUAGUGCUUGUGACCGACAAUGCGUCGAACAUGAUUGUUGCUGCUCAAGUUGGAAAAUUCCCUCAUGUAAAAUGUUUCGCCCAUACACUGAAUCUCGCAUCCCAGCGGGCGCUGAAAGUGGUCACGCUCUCCAGGCUUUUAGGCAGAGUGCGACGAAUAUCAACAUUUUUUCACCACAGCACUACAGCAAACCACUGUCUGAAAGAAAAACAGAAAUGUCUUGGCCUGAAGAAUCAUAAGCUGAUAACUGAUGUGACAACAAGGUGGAACAGCUCACAUGACAUGGUCGAGAGGUUCCUAGAACAGCAACUUGCAAUCUGUGCCACAUUGUUGUCUCCAGAAGUCAGAAAAAGUGAGUCAGAUCUCUGCACUCUCAACGAAACAGAUGUGUCAAAUGCAGAGGAUGCUGUGAGUGCAUUAAAGCCAAUGAAAGAUGCAACCACACUGAUGUCAGAAGAGCGCAAUCCAACUGUUUCUCUCAUUGCCCCUCUAAAUGCACAACUGCUCCAGAACAUGACAGACACCAUGGGAGACACACCCAUGAUCCAUGAGAUCAAGAAUGCCAUCAAAACAGAUCUUCUGAAGAGGUACAGCAGUGAGGCAGAGAAGAAGAUACUUUAUACAGCCUCUGCCCUGGAUCCUCGUUUUAAGGGACUGCCUUUUAUUCUCACAGAGGAGGAGAGAUUGGAGAUACACAGAGGAGUGACUGAGGAGGCUGCAUCCUUGGAGAUUGAGUGUACUAGUACAGUUACAUCUAGGAGGACAAACGUGGAUGAAGUGCCACUGCCUGAGGGAAAAGAAACUCUGGAAGAAGAAUCACCCAUCGAGGAGGAUAACCCUUCUCCUCCCAAAAGAAAGUCCACAUCGCUGCUCAUGACUUUGCUGGGACAGUCUUUCACUGACACUGAAGGUACAAUAGAACCCAAGACCCCCUAUGCCAAGGCUGAAGAGGAAAUAGAGAAAUAUUGUAAAGCCCCAUCUCUGCCUCUCACUGAAGACCCUUUGAAAUGGUGGCAUGUACAUGAGGUCAUAUUUCCCCUCCUCUCUCAUUUGACAAAGCGAUACUUGUGUAUCCCAGGUACAAGCGUGUCUGCAGAGCGGGUUUUCUCCACUGCAGGAGAUGUGGUAACGGCAAAAAGAAGCACCCUCAAACCAGAGCAUGUGGAUCAACUAGUGUUCUUACAGAAAAACCUACAUAUUCCAUAAUUCUGAGUAGUGAUUCAGGUUUAUAAUAUUAAUAUUUAAUGUUUUUUGGCACAUCCAGAAGAAUGUGCUGUGUGCCCCACUGCCCAGUGCAGACUACUGUUAAGUUAUUUUAUAUUUGUUACUGUUAUAUAGCUUAUAGCUUUUUGAAAAAUGAAGCUUAAAACCUUGAGUAAAUCUUUGUUGGAUCACAAAAUAUACUAGUACACUACACGACACGACCGACCACGUCACUCUGUCACAGUCACACACACACACAAACAAUACAAAAGAAACAACACACAACUGCACACACCUCAUGUGUGCGUGUCAGUGUCACCCUUCACCAUG